CUCUCUCUGUCUCUUUCUGCUUUGUUCACUUGUUCUCUUACUUGAUUGUUUUCUUGGUGAUGGUCCUUUGUUUCUGUUAAUUCGUUGAUUGUGACGAUGAUGUUGAAGCGAAGAGAGGAGAAAUGAGAAGAGGGACGGAAUUAUGCGAACACUUUGCGACGUUUGCGAGAGCGCAGCGGCCAUUCUUUUCUGCGCUGCCGACGAGGCUGCUCUUUGCAGUUCUUGUGACGAGAAGGUCCAUAUGUGUAACAAACUUGCUAGUCGACAUGUACGGGUCAAGCUGGCUGAUCCUAGUGAUGUUCCUCGUUGUGACUUAUGUGAAAAUGCACCUGCAUUCUUUUACUGUGAAAUAGAUGGAAGUUCCCUUUGCCUGCAAUGUGAUUUGAUUGUACAUGUUGGAGGUAAAAGAACCCAUGGAAGAUAUCUUGUAUUGAAACAGAGAGUUGAGUUUCCAGGGGAUACACCUGGCCAAUUUGAGGACCUGCCAAUGCAACCUUUGGAUCAGGGGGAGAUUAGAAGGAAACAAAACCAGAAGCCUAAACUGACUAUGAGAGAAAAUCUACAAAAUCUCAUGGUCUCUCCUGUUCCAGUGCUAAAUUCUAACACUGACAGCCAAAGGAAGAUGGAUACCGAAAUGAUUGAUCUAAAUGCUUGCCCCAGUCGGGUACAUGAGCAAGAGCAAGCUUCAAAUAAUCUGGUGCAUGGAAUUGAUGUUCUAAGUGACAAUAAUCAUGAAGCAAGCAUAGUUCCUGUGGGAUCUUUCAAAAGAGAGCCUGAGAAGUGAGGAAGGUAUCUGAUAUACCCUUUUCUAAUGGUAUUUCCUAUCCCAUGUUUUUCCCCAUUUCUUCUUUUAAAAAAUGGAUGCUAUGAAUUUUGAGGUUUUGGAGAAUAGGGGUACUCACAAGUGAACCUCACUUCAAACUAAUUGUUGGAAGGACAUCAGUAACCCAUGUUACAAUCCAUGAAGUCGAGAAAAUGUUGGACAAUUUUUUUUUCCUCAAAAGUUUUGGGUGUUUUUCAAUGUAUAGUCAGUGCCUCUCCAUAAAGUAGUUUGGAGAAUGAACUGUAUUGUGAUGUUCCUUGAUAUAUUGAGAGAUUCAUGAUAAUAUAUGAAGUUGCUCAUUUAUCU